CGACCAUCAACCAGCUCGCACCACAGCCGCCAUGUCCACGCUUAUGAGAACGCUGCGCAACCUGCGCCGGAUCGGAAUCAAGGACUAUGCCCACCAAAUGGCGAAUAUCGGUGAUACCAAAGCCGGAACCUUGAUUGGCACGGAUAGAUACGGCAACAAGUACUUUGAGAAUCUGGAGGAGGAGCUGCCGCUGCGAACACGCUGGGUAGACUACAAGGAUAAGGAGUUUGAUCCUUCUCAGAUCGAGCCCGGAUGGCACGCUUGGAUGUCAUACAUGGUCGACAAGUCACCAGCUGCAGACCCGCUUCUGCAGCGUCAGGUCCGCGUCUGGGAGCCAAAGGAGCACAGGCCUACCCUUACUUGGAGUCGAUCUGGAUACAAGCCUUACAGCACCGUCAAGAACAAGUAUUCCCCAUGGACCCCCGUAGCCAAGCCUCGUGCGUAGAUAGGGAAAAAUUCACCAUUAGUCUCGCUUAUGCAAAGUUAUCAAAGCCCUUGGUUCUUUUAUUUCCAGUACGUAGUCUCAGAUAUCUACUAUGUGGCUAUUUUCUUCUUUAUGAUACAGUUCCCAUCCCACAUAAGAUUCAAACCUUGGUUUGUGUAUUUGUUUUAUUAGGCCGACAAGGGGAGAGGGGGGAGAGAGUGAUCAGCUCAUGGCUAAAAAACAUAAAGUACUAAAUCUUCCAACAUGAAAUUGUUCUUUCGCGAUU